GUACGUAAAAGACGUAAGAGACGUUACGAUUAUGAAGCGAAAUAUGGUGGUGCUCAGAGCCACGAAACAUCUGCUUCAUCCGAUAGUGGCAACAAAUCGGAUGCUGCUUCAAAAGAUCGCUUGAAUGCAUCAGCUCCGGCGGGGGAUGAGCAGACAAAGGCGUCAAGAACUUCUCCAGCAAAAAAUGAUGUGAAUCGAUCGGUCUUAGGGAAUCAUAUUGCACUGACUGGCAUCAGCCCACCACUGGUAAUUGAGCGAAGCAAUUUGGUGCAGCCGGGUGAAGCGCAUACUGAAAAAUGGGCCAAAAUAAAAGAAGUGAGAGACCAAAAAAGGGCAGCACGACAAUCUGCAGGCACUCCAGUGUAA